AACCCUAGGCCCAAACAAGUAGCUUGGAGCAUGGCUGCAGCCGGCAUGCACUUCCCUGCUGUGAUAUCGGAUGUAAACAGGGGCAGCAAUGGCGCUCAGGCAGCGCCCGACUGGCACCAAGGAGCCUCAGGAACAGGAGAAAAGCGAGGCCCCCUCAGAUGUUUUGAAGCAGGCACGGGUCCGCAACAAAGAUGCACCGGAGGCUGCGUCACAGCUAUCCGCCGUGCUGCUUCUCCUGAUGUUCACAUCAGCGAUUGUGGGGGUGGUGCAUCAUGCGGUGUACAGAGUUCCAAAGCCGAUGUCGGAAAGGGCGCCAGCUCAUAUGUUUUCUGAGGGACGCGCGCUGCAACAUGUGGAGGCACUGGCAGGGGAUAUCGGCAUUCGACUGGUGGGAUCGGACAAUCACAUGCGAGCGGCAGCGUAUAUUCUGGAAGAGUUGGACAAAAUUGCAAGCAUAGCGGGAGAUCACUUGCGCGUUGAGAUUGAUGAGCAGCAUAUAAGUGGGACAUUCUGGAUGAACAUCCUGACGCACAACAUGGCAAUGGAGUACGAAAACGUCACCAAUAUCGUGCUGAGGAUCUCGGGGGCGAACAGCAACCUGGAAAGCAAGGCCGUUCUUAUGAACGCUCACUUUGACUCUGCCGUGGGGUCGCCAGGCGCCUCAGAUUGCGCGCAGUGCGUUGCCGUCGGCCUCGAGAUCGCUCGCUUGUUCGCCGCCUCCCCCGAGGCCCCCCCUGCCCCGCUCAUCUUCCUGUUCAAUGGUGCGGAGGAGACCUUCAGCAUGGGCGCACACGGUUUCCUCUCCGGUCACAAGUGGAGCGACUCGAUCGGGGCGGUGAUAAACAUCGAGUCGACCGGGCCGGGCGGUCCCGACUUGUUGUUCCAAGCAGCGGGAAAGGAGCUGUGGCCAGUGCGGGUGUACUCGGAGGUGGUGCCGUACCCUAGGGCAAGCGUGAUCGCGCAGGACACGUUUGACAUGCAUGUCCUCCCAGGGGACACCGACUUUCGCGUGUUUGCCCAGGACUUUGGGAAUAUUCCCGGCGUCGAUGUGCUGUCCUUGCUGGACUCGUAUGCGUAUCACACCACUCUGGAUACGCCCGACCGCAUCAGGCGCGGCACCGUCCAAGCAAUGGGGGAGAACCUGUACGCGCUGACAAAAGGCCUCAGCGUGGCGCCUGAGCUGAACGACCCGCUGUCAGCCCUGCCCAAACAGCAGGCCGUCUUCUGGGACUUCCUGGGGUAUAUCCAGGUGUACUACCCCCGCUGGAACGCCCUCAUCUUUCACCUCACGCCGCUUGCCGUUUUGGCCGUGGUUCCCCUCUUUACUUCCGACCACGCAUCGGGACUGCGGGGCAUGCCCCGGCGCUUCAACGCAAUCGUGUCAGGGAUUCUCCAAACCGGCGCUGCCUGGGUGCUUGCCGUCAUUUUCGCGGUCGGUGUGGCAGUUCUUAGAGUUGCCGUCUCAGGGAAGCCCAUCACUUGGCUAGCGCAGCCGUCGGUUGCGGCUCUGAUGUACAUCCCGCCGGCGCUGCUCGGCAUUUUGUUGGUCCAAAGUCUCCGCUCCUGUUCGCCUGCCAAAACCUCCAGCCAGCAGCGCGCCCUGGACUUCACCGGUCAUUGGGGCUCCGCCGUCGGCUUCAACGCUCUCCUGAGCGCGGUGCUCAUCUACCUGGGCGUGGGCGGCAGCUACAUAUUCAUGUUCUGGGCAAUGGUUCUUCUGCCGGGCUUUCAAAUCGCGACCGAGGCGGGCGGCUUCCAAACCCUCCCUGGGCUCGCAGUCUACCUCACUAUCGCGGCUAUUCCCAUGGCGCAGUGUUUCUACAUCGCGCUUACCAUAGCCACUUUUACCGCCCAGAAGAUCGGCGCCAGCGGCAACUGGCCAGACCCGAUCGGCUCGUACGUGGGUGACGUGGCGAUUGCCAUCAUCUUUUCGCUGUUCACCGCAAUCAUAGCCGCGCCCCUCGCGCCCGUCCUUCGGCGUUGGCUCGCCACGUGGCGCGUCAUGCGGGCCUUGGUAGUUAUGACCUUGAUCGGGACCAUCGUUGGAAGCUUCUUGUUCCCGUACACGACUACGGAGCUGAAGCGCCUGGCCGUGCAGCAUACGAUAUGGACGCAGGGCAAGAAGGACGUGAUCGGUCGCGAGUUCUCGCUGCUCACCUUCGACCCCCUCGCUCCGACCUUCAUCUUCGACCAGUCGCCCGCUCUGCGCGAGCACUUCAAUGUCACGGGGGACGAGGCCUUCCACAAGACGCUUCCAAACACGUGGCUGGGGCUCUUCCCCCUCUCGGAGAUGGUGCAUCGGGACGUGUCUCUGCCGGAACAGUCGGUCGACUUGCCAGCGGUGGCGCAGCGGAAGCCGUUCCCGCGCCUCAAGCUCAUUGCGAAUGAGGCGCUGGAGAACGACCGGAGACGAAUACUCGUCGAGAUCAAUAACGGGGCGUUGGGCCACGCGUGGCGGACGAUCAACGUGACGGGGCCGGUUGUGGGUUGGUCUCUGGGAAACUUCCAGCUGCCGGCCCCCGAGCAGCGACCGGGCGGGCCGGUCUCGUAUAUUGCAAGACACGCAGGGGGGCCGGGCACGGAAAAAUGGCGGUUCUGGAUAGAGGCGGAAGGCACGAAGAAGGUUCGAAUAGACCUUGCGGUGCUUAAGUUUGACUCCAGUUCUGAGCUCGAGAAGAUUAAAAGCAGCCUGCCUGCGUGGGUCGACUUCAUCGGUCUUACAAGCUACAUAUCAACAUGGAAGGUCUAGAAUUUUUCGUCCGUAUACAUUCACAGGAAACCAGAAGACAAAGAGGCGUUCUGAUGAUGUCGUUCUCGCUCCAUUGAGGCACUGAUUAAGAAACGAGGAGCUUGCUGGGGCCCCUUCUGCUGUGGCCACCCGGCAUGCUGAAAGAAUGCCGGUUUCCAACGUGAUUUAGGAGAAUCCAUGCAGAGCAAUUUAGCUCUGACUGACCGUCACGUGACGUCACCAUGU